AUGGAAGAAGACGACAACGACGAGGGCUGUCUUCUCUACUGCCACGAAGAACCUCUCGUCUCCACGCCGGCAGAAGCAGGCGGCCCCCGACGAGAUCCAGCUGAUGAUGGUAUCAUCAGUAUUGAGCUACCCGGCCGGCCAUCAUCGGUUGCGGCCGUGGUCGUCGGAGAUGAGGAAGACGACCACCAGCUGGAUGAGAUUCUGAUGGACUACAUGGCCAGGCAGAGAUGCUAUGCGCCGAGCAGAAGCUACCUAGAGCAGCUGAUGCAGGGAUCAGCAUCGGCUUCUUCGAUUUCUCAUGCUCGCUCAAGAGGCGUGUGCUACAUCACCUAUGCAUUUGGUAGGUUGGGAUUGGCGGCGGCGACGGCGUUUAACGCAGUCAACUAUCUCGACCGCUUCCUCUCCAUCAACUGCCAUCUGAGGUGGGAGGCGUGGAUGGUUGAAUUGGUGAGCGUGGCCUGCGUGUCCAUCGCAUGCAAGCUCGACGAGGUCAAUAUCCCAUCACUCCACCAUCUCCAGAUGGAAGAAGCGAUGAGCAACUCGUUCCGGCCAUCAACCAUCCGGGACAUGGAGCUGACGCUGCUCAAGGCGCUCCAAUGGCGCCUCGCCUGCGUCACCCCCUACUCCUUCCUCCAACUCCUGCUCCCCCUUACUCGCAGCACCGCAGCAGCAGCAGCUUCUCGCUGCACCCGCCUCCUCGUCGCCUCGCUCUCAGAGCCCUCAUUGCUGAGGUUUGAUUCCUCCGUUAUUGCCUCCUCCGCUCUUCGGUGUGUGGCGCUGCAGGAUCAUCAUCAGGGUCGUGUCUCCUGCCAUGUCAGCCGCCUUAUUCAUCCAGAACGUCCAUUGGACAAAGACGCCGAUGAGUGUUUGAGCAUGAUGAAAGCACUCCAGGGAACCUUGGAUUUGAAGAACCAUCACCAUUCGUUCAGUGAGCAGCUUUGGAGCCCGGUUUCAGUGAUUCCCUUUCAAACUGAUCAAAGUACAGACGACAGGUCAACAGUUUGUCGUCGCUUAUUCGACAGAUCCAUACCUCAACAGGGCAGCACAGAACAUGAAGAUGGUGUAAAUCAUCGUCACAUACACAAGAGAUGA